UUCCGGUGUGCGUGGCCAUCACGCGUCGCGCGGUUGCCCCGCAGGCCCUUGUCCUGUCUUGUCCACCGCUGCGCCGGCGCUGUGCUGCGUUCCGCGGCCUGCAGUCUCCGCGCGUCCCAGCGAAGGCGGCCCGACAUGAGCGGCAAAGAAGGCCCGGGCGGCUUCAGGAAGAGGAAGCACGACAACUUUCCGCACGGCCAACGCAGAGAGGGCAAGGAUGUGAGCGCGUCGUCGCCAGUGAUGCUGGCCUUCAAGUCGUUUCAGCAGGAACUGGAUGCGCGGCAUGACAAGUACGAGAGGCUGGUGAAACUCAGCCGGGACAUAACCGUUGAAAGUAAAAGGACCAUUUUUCUCCUCCAUAGGAUUACAAGUGCUCCUGAUAUGGAAGAAAUACUCACUGAAUCAGAAGUUAAAUUGGAUGGUGUCAGACAAAAAAUAUUGCAGGUAGCCCAGGAGCUGUCAGGAGAAGACAUGCAUCAGUUCCACCGAGCCAUCACCACGGGACUGCAGGAAUAUGUGGAAGCUGUCUCUUUUCAACACUUCAUCAAAACACGGUCAUUAAUCAGUAUGGAUGAAAUUAAUAAAGAGUUGGUAUUUACAACAGAAGACAGUGGGAAAGAAAAUAAGACUCCCUCCUUGGAUGCACAAGAUAAGCAUCUUGUCACUUGGAAACUGAAAGUCACACCUGUGGAUUACCUUCUGGGAGUGGCCGAUCUAACUGGAGAAUUGAUGCGGAUGUGUAUUAACAGUGUGGGGAAUGGGGACAUCGAUACCCCCUUUGAAGUGAGCCAGUUUUUGCGCCAGGUGUACGAUGGGUUCUCCUUCAUUGGCAACACUGGGCCUUAUGAGGUCUCCAAGAAGCUGUACACCCUGAAACAGAGUCUAGCCAAAGUGGAGAACGCUUGUUACGCCCUGAAGGUCCGGGGCUCUGAGAUCCCAAAGCACAUGCUGGCAGACGUGUUCUCGGUGAAGACAGAAAUGCCUGAUCAAGAGGAGGGCAUCUCCUAGAGCAGCGUCCCUGGCUGAUCCCAAGAGACCAGUUUGUAAGACUGUCACUUAGCAUUUCACUGGACUUUGUUGUGGCAUUGGCCUUGAAGUGUUUUCAGUUGUUUGUCUUCUCAGUUGUACGCACACUGUACAUACAGUUUUCAGCUGAGGCCCUCUUAUCAUUUGUGCAAGUGUGGGCACAAGCGUUUGCAUGUGUGCCUGUUUGAGAUCUCUGCUGGCUGACCUUCACCAUUUAUCUGUGCUAGGUAAACGUGCUUUGUAUUGCUUUUUCUGCGGUACCCCUUUUAAUGUACUUGGUGUGAAUGUUGUGGUGAUCAUUUUUAGUGGCAGCCAUUGUAAGUUGGUGGUUUUGUUUUAGAUAGAAAAGAUUUCUUAGUUGCACUUCUGGACCUGAACUUCCACACCUCCAGAACUGGCUCCAUUCAUGGAGCAAGGAGUAAAAACUAAUAACCUGUCAACAUUGUAAAAUUAUAAAUUUUGAGGUAUUUUUGUGAGAAUUUGUAUAAAGUUCUGGCUAAUUUUAGGCCGUUUUGAGUUUAUAGCCUUCCAGAAAAAAAUGGACAAAUGCCCAGAUAUUAGUGUCUUCACUGUUUUGUUUUCUGCCGUGCUGGGGAUGGACCC